GCCAGGGAAGGUCUCCUGGCGAGGUCAGAGGGGCACAGACUCGCCCUGCGCCCCGCUGUCCCCGUGGUGAGGCUAGGAGGGUGGGGGGGUGCCUUCCCCAGGGUCGAGGCCAGCUGUCACGAAGGGAGCGCGUGUAGACGCGGGAAGGACCGCGUCUGCGGAGGCGGCCAGUCGGUAUAUACCGAAGUGUGUGUCUUCCUUUCUGUGUUCGGACCACAACUGGGCUUGUUCCGGGGCAGUCGAGCGGAGUCCGGUUCCCGCGCCAGCUCCCCUGCGCAUUAGCCAGGGCCAAGCCGGCCUGCGGCCCGAGCAGGGCAGGUCACCUGCUGCCCGAGGGACUCCUUGCCCAGGCUCAGGCUGCCCCUUUGCAGAAGGGCCGCUGGGCUCUGGGACGUAAACGGGUCUUGAAGCCUGUUGAAAUGAGGCCGUUGGAAUCUCCUGAGAAGGGGGAGACUGAGGGUCUCCUUCAGGGCUCUAAGGAUGGUGGUCCCUUGGAGGAAUGAAGCUUUCCCAGGAUUUUGGGAGUCUGAGUACAGCCUGAGCAGCAGCACCCAAGCAGACCCCUCCUCUUCGACAAUUCUUCUAAGAGGCCACCAAGUGGACCAAACUAUCUAUGCCUCAGCCCCAAGAAACAUCAUCACUGGAGAAUUCUGCUGGAUAUCAGGAGAGAUGGGGAACAGCAAAAGCCGCUUGGGGCAGAAUUUUUGCUCGAGGUUUCUUCCCGAGGAACAGGCUGAGGUGGACAGAUUGUUUGCCACUCUGUCAUCAGAUGAAAACGGCUCACAGACCUCACCCAAGUCCUUCUCUCUGCAGGCACUGAAGAAACACGUUGGGGAAGCGCUUCCCCUGGAGAUGGUCACCAGACUGUACGAUGGCAUGCGGAGGGUCGACCUGACAGGGAAGGCAAAGGGGCCCAGCGAGCGUGUGUCCCAGGAGCAGUUCACGGUGUCUAUGUCCCACCUGUUGAAAGGAAACUCUGAGGAAAAGAGUCUGGUGAUUCUGAAAAUGAUUUCUGCCACAGACGGGCCCGUGAGAGCCAGCGAAGUCCAAAAGUUUACAGAGGACCUGGUCGGCUCUGUGGUGCACGUGCUAAAGCACAGAGGGGAGCUGAAGGGCUGGACUGAGAAGGCCCCAGGUCCCGCCCCGCGGGUGCAGGUGCUGGCUGCUCAGCUGCUGUCAGAGAUGACGCUUCAAGAUGGCGAGGGGCUCCUGGGCCCCCAGUGGCAGGACUGCGAGUGUGACCAAGCCGCGAUCGAGGACUGGGUGUUCAGGGCGCCCCACGUGGCCGUGUUUCUGAGCGUGGUCAUCCACAAAGGCUUUCUCGUCUCGUGCUCAUCCCUCAAUCUGAGCACCCUGGUCCCCGAGUGUCAAGUGGACCAGGGCAGGAAGUUUGAGAGCAUCCUGGAUGUCCUGUCGGUCACCUACGUCAACUCCCACCUGCCCCGGGAGCGGCAGCACCGCUGGCGCCUCCUCUUCUCGUCCGAGCUCCACGGGCAGAGCUUCUCCCAGCUCUGUGGGCACAUCACCCACCGGGGGCCCUGCGUGGCUGUCCUGGAGGACCACGACGGCCACGUGUUCGGCGGGUUUGCCUCCUGCUCCUGGGAGGUCAAGCCUCAGUUUCAAGGGGACAACAAAUGCUUCUUGUUCUCCAUCACCCCCCGCAUGGCCGUGUACACGCACACAGGCUACAAUGACCACUACAUGUACCUGAACCACGGACAGCAGACGAUCCCGAACGGACUGGGCAUGGGGGGGCAGCAUGAUUACUUUGGGCUUUGGGUGGACGUCGAUUUUGGGAAAGGACACAGCAAAGCCAAGCCCACGUGCACCACGUACAACAGCCCGCAGCUGUCUGCCAAGGAGCACUUCCGGUUUGACAAGAUGGAGGUGUGGGCGGUGGGAGACCCCUCGGAGUCGGAGCUGGCCAAGAGCAACAAGAGCAUCCUGGACGUGGACCCCGAGGCCCGGGCCCUGCUGGAGAUCAGCGGGCGGACUCGCCACAGCGAAGGGCUCCGGGAGGCCCCGGAGGACCAGUGAGGGGGGACCGGCCGGAUCCGGCUGGAUAGAAGGCGCCGUCUGCCGCCCCCUCCCCUCCCGCGUUGGUUUAACUUUACCAGAGAGCCGCGCAGGCCGUCGCCGGCGGUCCUGGCUGAGCAGCACAGAGCCAGUGCCAGGAAAACGCCUGUGAGGCUGUGGGCUGACUGGUGGGCGCAUCCCCAGAAGCCUUAAGUGGCAAACGAGUGACUUCAUCUUACACUUGGUUCCUUUCAUAUCAGCGAAAUCCUAGGACGCUGAGACGUUCCAGCUCUGCUGGAAUCAGCGUUUGUGGGAGCGUGAGUGCUCUCCGUGGGGAGGGGCUCCAUCCUCUGGGGUCACGUCGCUUCUGCUUCUGCCACCCCAGUUAGAAAAGCGCCUCGAUGGUCGGUUCUGACUGGUAAAUGACAGGCACGUGUGGGUGAGAGUCUUGCUGACUUUCGUGUGCAACUUCUGUGAUGGCGUGGGGUUUCUGUAUUUCUUUUUAAGCAUGAACGGUGUAUUAAUGGGGGAACUGGUCUUAUGGUGGCGCAAUCCCUCAGGAGGUGUUUGUAACGAAGGUUCCACAUCUCGCUCUAGCAGCUGCUUUAAAGUGAAUCUGUGCCAUGAACUAAUGGGACAGUCGGGGGAAGCCAAGGUGUGGUUCUGAGUCUGGGAGCUUGGUCGAUAUACACGUAUGACCCACCCUGUACGUUGGUAGUGUGUGACGUCCCAGCGCUGGCCUGGGCUCUAGUCACAGCCUCGGUAUCGCCAUUUGCCCAGGGCUGCUCCCCAAGGGGAUGAUGGGUAACUCAACAGUGCAGACUCAGUGUAAACAAACUGCAGUGAUCCUGAAAUGCUGAUGAUGAGGAGGUGGAUCGGGCCUCUGAGCAGAGCUGCCGGCUCCCCUCUGACACAGGUCUGGAAAACCACCCGCCGUGAGGCACCGGUGCACACGGCGAGAAUUCCCUGCUUGAAGGAGCCGUGGGCUCUUUUCUCAGACAUACACCUCUUCCUCUAUCUACUCUUGUGCUAUAAACUUUGACCUUUUGCAGAUCUGAUGGGAAAAAAAAUGUGGCCUUUUGUUAUUACAGUUUACCUUGACUAUAAGCCAUAGUAAAUUUAGCUGUUUGAAUUUUGCAGGGCAGCUCAUCAAACCUUGCGCUUAGCAAUAUCCCCGACCGAGGCAGAGCCUUGUCAUCAGCCUCCCAGAGAAAGUGCAGGCUCAGAUGGUGCAUGGAGGCGCAGGAGCCUGGCACAAACAGGGACUUAGCCAUGAUGAUGCUCCUUAUAAAAAGCCAGUUUUUAAUGGCCUUUUGGGAACAUACUUCUACCGUAAAUCCAAAGAAUUAGAUCCCCAUUGUCACUCUGUUUUGGAAUUUUUUUUUUAAUAAAUUCAGUUAAAUACCUCACUAAUAAAAGGUCUGUCAGCGUCUGUGCCUUUGGAUACCAUUCAUUGCUGCCUCUGCUUAACGGCUGCCAGGAGGGUUAUGGUUUUGUCACCUGCACAAUUUCCUCCUUGAGCUUGUCCUAGCUAGGGUGCAGGUCACAAGGGGGGAUCUGCUUGCCGAGACAGACACUCGCACAGAGAGGCGAGGGUGCCUGCCCAGGUGCUUGGGAACCUGGGGCUGGAGCCCCGUCUGUGCGCCUCUCCUGGGGUGAGAUUCUGCCUUUCGGCACGCGGAUCUGUGCAGGCUGUCGGCAGCCCUGACAGGGCUUUCGCUGGUCUGCGAAACUUGGACUCGGGUUCUAAGGACUGGAGGUCUUCUACAGGUGAAGACUCAACAGGGGCCCAGAAAGUGCUAGAAGGGAGAGGUUAAAAAAUAAAAAAAUAUGGGCUGGGCCUGGUGGCGCACACCUGUAAUCCUAGCACUCUGGGAGGCUGAGGC